AUGACAAACACAAAUCAAUAUGAGCUUUCUACCCCCCCAAGAGCCCCCCUAUCUCUGCAGCGGGUGAGGCCCGAGGCACCGUCGGCAGCAGCAGCAGCAACAGCAACAGCAGCAGCAGCAGCAGCAGCAGGAGUAACAGCAGCAGGAGAAAGACAAGCAGCAGCAGCAGCUCCUCUCUUCUCACAAACAAAUACAGGCCGCCGCCGCCUCUGUCGUUUCCAGCUGCUGCGGGGGGUUAUCUUUGUUGCCCGCCGCCUGAGCCGCAAGUUCUUCUCUUUGCUGCUGCAGCAGCAGCAGCAGCAGCCGGAGCAGCAGCAGCAGCAGCUGCUGCUGCAGCAGCAGCAGCAGCGGCAGCAGCAGCUGCAGCGGGAAGAGCAGCAGCUGCAGCAGCAGCAGCGGCGGCAGCAGCAGCAGCAAAGGAGACAAACAGGAAGGAGAAGCAGAGGCUUCGCUCUCUUAAGGUCUUUUCUUUUUGGUUCUGCUGCUGCUGUGCUGCUGCUGCUGCUGCUGCUGCAUCUCUGUACCCUCAGUGUUGCUGCUAUCAAGCCUACAGUAUACAGAAACACGAGCGCCGCCAGCAGCCUCAGCAGCACUGCAGCAGCAGCAGCAGCAACAACAGCAGCAACUGCAACUGAAGCAGCAGCAGCAGCAGAAGCAGCAGCAGCAGAAGCAGAAGCAGCAACAGCAGAACAAGAAACAGAAGACAGCCUCAGUGAAGCACACAACCCACAAAUUUCAUUCCAAGAGCAGCAGCAGCAGCAGCAGCAACAGCAGCAACAGCAGCAGCAACAGCAGCAGCAGCAACAGCAGCAGAACAACGAUGAUGAUUCAGAGGCUGUCUCUCUCCUAUCUUCCCCCCCCUCAUCAGCACCACCACCACCACCAGCACCAGCAGCAGCACCACCACCACCCCCAGCAGCAGCAGCAGCAGCAGCAGGAGCAGCAGCAGCAGCAGCAGCAGAAGUAUCAGCAGUGCAGACGGGCGUGUCUGUAUUUUCUCCGGCUUUAUUUGCGGGCUGUACACUCACCUUAAAUAAGUAUAAAUAUAAAAUUAAUAAAUAA